AUCACUUCCUAUGUAUAUAGCCGGCCGCCAUUUUCUGGCGGUGAGAGAGUCGGGGGAAGGCGUCUCGGUGGCGGGAGAGGAGCGGACACGGUACCACGGCCAACACGCCCACCCACUCGGUGACUGCAGACGCGGCGUCUCCUCAGGAAGGCAGGGGGCGGGGACAGCGGCUUGUACCGGCAGGAAGAAGCGGCUGUAGUAGGAGGAGGAGGAGGCGGACUGCCCCCGGCCCAGGGCUCUGAUAAGCGGAGCAGUAGCCUCUGGCUGUGCCGGCACUGCAAAAAUGUUUCAAACACCUGUCAAUAAUCUGGAAAACAUAAGAAAGACUAGGAAAAGAGUGAAACAGUUGCUGUUGCAGAUUGGUUUGGACACAUGCAGAGAAGCAUAUGAGGAAAUCGACACUUAUAAUCCAGGCGACACAAAUUUUUCCAGUACAUCAUGGGAGGAUGUCUCGCUUUGGGAAGCUUUUGGACGCAGAAAUGGUUACAGAUCCAAGCAGUUUUGUUGCAGCCUCUGCAGCUUUUCAACAAGGCUCCUGACGUCUUUGAAAGGUCAUCUGCAGCGCUAUCAUGAAGAUGAGAAAGAUCAGGAGAUGAUGGCAAGUUGCCCGAGAUGCCCAUUUACUUCCCAUACAAAGAAUGUGGUCAGACACAUGCGCAUUUUUCACUCAAGUGUUCGAAAAGUCCAAACACCUGCUACAAAAGAUGGUCAAAAUCCUGUUUGGACACCAGAUUAUCCAAAAGCCGUUCAAAUGAAAUUUUCUUGCGUAAAGUGUUCUUUUACGGACAGUUUGUACUACACUAUAAAGCGGCAUGUUCUAAGUAGCCACCACAAAAGUGAACUUGAAAAAUAUUUUGGGGAAAAGUCAGAAGAGGAGCUUAAAGGGACUCUUGGAUCAAAAGUUAAUCUUGAUAAUCGAUUUUACUGCAAAAAAUGCAAUUACACCAUUCAUAACCACGAUGCAUUAAUGUACCAUAUUCUGACAUCUGACAAGCAUAGAGAUUUGGAACAGAAGCUGAGACCUGAUAUCUCUGAAGCUGGUCGAUCAAGUAUAAAAAGGCCCUACAGGAAAGUACUUGCUCCACCUGUAGCACUUUCACCUAAACCAACAGCAUUGCCAAUCUCCCCAGCUUCAGCUCUUCCAUCUGCUCAAGAUGCAAAGGUGGCUUCACUUCCUCAAAAUGGUCCCAAUCAACCCCUUUUGGGAGCAUCUACUGCUAUCAUUUCAAAUAUCGUACCAUCUAUAACAUCAGUUCCUGAUCCUGCUGGAGGUAUAGUGAAGACAUCUACUACUGUUGCCUCUACUGCUCAAGUUGGAUUUGUAACUACUGCCCUUCCUCAAAACCAGAGCAUCAAUCUACAAGCUUCCCUUUCUCAGUCUAUGUUCCUUUCUCCAAGAUUUACUCUAAAUCAGCCUGUCACUGCAACUAUGCUUCCUUCUGCUUGCGGUGUUGGUGGACCUGUGAACCAGUCAACAAUGAUUGCGUGUCCACAAUCUCUGCAGUCCGGCCUAUUACAGAUUAAUCAAAAUGGAAGCCCUACAAUCAUCUCUGUGAAUCAACCACUGAAGUCGACUAUUGUAGGCAAUCAACCCCAAAAUGCCUUCCUUGCAACAUCUAUAAUAAGGCAACUUAUACCAACCGGAAAACAAGUAAAUGGAAUACCUACAUAUACCCUUGUAACAUUGCCGGUUGCUCCAUGUGCUAUUCCAGCAGUUAAUCCACUAAAAGCGCCUUUACAGCUGUCCCAGCCAGUAGUAUCCACUUCUCCAGCCAGUGCACCAUCUCCCCCUAUUGUAAAGUCACCACAAACCACAUCGCAAAAUAAUCCAAUUCCAAAACCAACUCCUGCCAAAAGCCCAGCCACUGCUUCAGAUGAUAAGGACAAGACUAGACAAUGGAAGACAUGUCCAGUAUGUAAUGAACUAUUCCCUUCAAACGUCUAUGAAGUUCACAUGCAGAUUGCUCAUAUAAAACAGGAAAAAACCCCCGAUAAGCCAACAGAGUCUGCCACCAGCAAUGACACCAAUCAUCCUGUAGUUGCAGCAGCACAUGCAUCUUUUUUAAAAGUUGUGAAGGAAAAGUCUAUUCGAUGUGUCACUUGCAGGGCAUUUACUCCAGAGGAAGAGGUGUUACAGCACCUUUUAAUGCAUGGUAUGGUAUGCCUGUACUGCAAAGCUGUUUUUUACGAACUCAGAAACUUUAUCUACCACAUGAAAAUCUUGCAUGUAGACAAAAAGAAUAUCCAUGGAGACUUUGCAAGAAAAGGUAUUACAGUUUCAUGUGAUGCUAAUGGUACAGCACUGUUUCCUCAUUUUGACCUUACCUUUCAUGUUUCCAAGGAAGAACUUGGAGAAAAAGAAAUGCACAUUGCUGUAGUUGCUGGAGCCAAUUCUAACACUUCUACUCCCUUGUACAUUAAAAUACAAACAUUUGAUGAGAGCACACAUGAUGAGCAGGGCUCUAAAUGUUCUUUUUGUGAGCAUGUUUUAUCCAAGUCGGAAGCACUGGAAAUGCAUUACAAAGAUAAGCACCACAUAAUGCCCACAAUGCAUACUAUACUUAAAUCCCCUGCAUUUAAGUGUAUACACUGCUGCGGUGUCUACACUGGUAGUAUGACUUUGUCAGCCAUUGCAUUGCAUCUUCAGCGCUGCCGCAAUGCUCCUAAAGAUAGUAUUGCAGCCCUUGAGUUGUCUGCAGACAGCAAUGCUAAAGGGCAGUCAAAGGGAGGAUCAAAUGAUAGUACAAAAGGAAAACCAAAUUCUACUGCAGAAACUCAGCUUGCAUCAAAUGAUACAAAACUUGUCCAGAAAAAUGGUCUCGGUGCUUCAAAAGACAUGUCUCCUGUGCCUUCUAAAAGAAGAAAAAUGGACUCCAAAUCAGAAUUUUCAGAUUAUCCUGCUGAUCAAAAUGUUAGCAUGCUUGUGAUGGUACCAGAUGCUUUUGCAACUGUAUCUCAUGAAGCUAAAAAGGAAUUCCUGCUAAAGUAUUUCCAUGUGAAACCUUACCCCACCAAAAGGGAAAUUGAAUUGCUGGCACAUGUACUAGAUAUGUGGAAGAGUGAUGUUGCUUCGUUUUUUGGUACGCGGCGAUAUAUAUGCAUGAAAUUUCUCAAAAAUCAUGAACAGCAAGUAUUACUUGGAUUUAAAAUGGCGGAUCUUAAGAAACUAAAACAUGACAUAGAGCUGUCUGAAGAUUAUUAAAGGCUGCUUCCUUCAAUAGGUUUAACGUUCCAGAAAAUAUAAUGCAGCUGGUUGGCUGUCCCAUGACUGACUUGACUUCACUAAUGAGAAAUAAUUAAAAUGAAAACUGGAACUGGUUUAAAAUGUCUGAUCCAAAACACUUGCUCGUCAAUCCAUCUUCUUCUCUUUUUUUUGUUUGGUGUUCACUAUGGUGCUCCUAACUUCUGGUCUAAUAGUUCCACCAAAUUGACCUCUCUGUAUUCUGAUGUCUAUGUAUGCUGCUUUUUUUUUGUAUUUUUCACAAACUCAGUUUGCUAAGGUGUAUGUUUGUCAACAUGCUGUAUGACUAGUCAAGCCCAAGCUUUAUAAAGCUUGGGGUCUGACUAAUCAUUGAUGGUGUUUAAGAUUUUCGGACUGUGGUUACCCUUUUUUCCCUAUCGUUGCACAGUGGUUGGAGAAUGAAAGAUGUGUUGAGGCUCAUCUAUGAUCAAUAGGAAUAUCUGGGUUUAAAAUUCCUAGUGUUGAACCACCAGCAUGUGAACUCUGUUCUGCUGGCCCUUGCUUUUCUCUGUUCCCUCCUGUUUAGCAGUUGGCCCCCAUGCUGGUUGAAGAAGUGUGUUUGGAAGGAGGUGCAAAGAACUCUGCAGACACUGGUUCGGGUCUUGCGUGUUUGGCUCCUGUCUAAUGGAUUGUGCUUCCUAGCUGUGGCCCCCAACUAAAGGAGCACUUGAAGCUGAUCCUUGAUUAUUUACAUCUGGCUGCUUAUGCUCCACCAUGGAAAUCUGGGAAAGUGAUGGCAAGAAUGACAAGGGGCCUCUGCUCACAGAACACAAUGUUUAUUUACUAAAGGCAAAUCCAGUGUGCCCUUUGAAGUGCAGUCGCUGUAGAUCUGAGGGGAAGCUCUGUGCACUUGUAGUGAUCAGUGGAUUUGUCUUUAGUAAAUAAACCCCUAUGUGACCCAGGGCAGCAUCCAGAUUUACAGCCUACGAAAGAUUAAGGCUGUGCAAUGUAGAACCUGAGUAGGUUCAGAACUCUCACAUCAUGCCAUGCAGUACAGGGACCCCCCUAUGCCUGCUUUUGUGUCGGAGCACAUUUUAUACUUGCACUCUUGUGUCCCUUUUUUUUUCUACAUUCUGAAGUUCGAAGGUAUGUAUAGUGCAAUAAUUUUGACUUGAUUUAAGAUGGCUAUGGCAGCAUUGAAGUAUUUUGUAAUCUGCAGUUUAAGCUCUCACAGGCCGAAAUAAUUGCAGUUGUGCGCGCAUACAGUUUUUUUUUUUUUUUUUUGGAAAGUUUUGGGGGGGAAAAAAUUGGUCUCACAAAGGUUGAGAACCACUGCUCUAGUUACAUUAUUGCUCCUGUACCAUGUACUGACCCUUUAGGCAGAUUUCAUAAGUUCUUGGCUUUGUACAUUGUUGCGUAAGUCUAUUGGGAUAUAUAAGGUUUAGGGUUUGGUUUUGUAAUUUAGGUGCGAUGUACAGGGGUACAUGUGUUUGUUUUUUAUGUGCUGCUCCUUAGACACAUCGGUAACUAUUUUACAGCCGUAGCUCAGUUUCCACUUUGUACACUAUUUGUUUUCAUUUGUAGUUAUGUGGUUUGGACCCCAAACCUUUCCUUUUAUACAGGUCUACAUCUUUAUUAAUUUCAUCUACGUACUGGAUGGAGCAUCAUUUUAGGUGUACUUAACAUGUCUGUUUUUUUUUUUUUUUUUACAGUAAGGAAGUACAAAUUCCUUCAAUUCUGUUUUUAAUGUGUGAUACAGGACACUUUUUUAUAUUCCUAUAUAAAUAUUAUAUAAUUUAUUAGUAACUUUGGGAAAUCAGGAACCCUUAGUCGUAGGAAAGACUUAAUGUGGUGCCAGUUGGGCCCCCUCAUUUCUACUUUACUGUAAUAUAUCUAGUACAAAGAUUAUAUUGCCUUUUGCCAAUUUGGACUUGCUUUUGUUCAGAAUAAACCUUUUAACUACAAA